AUGCAGGACCCUAUUGGAAUUCCUACUUGCUUUUCAUCCAGUGAGAAAUUAAGUGAUGACCAGGCAGCUGUAACCAGGUCAGGUCAAAGUGUUUUCAUGACUGUUUACAGAACAAAGAUUGCUGAUCAGUGCCGCUUAAUCACCAUUACAUGGUGCAAAAAUUUGUUACUCCAUGGCCUAUCAGUAUCAGUGGAAGGCCCUGAAGGAGAAAGUCAGUAUACUUGCAAAGUUGAGCUGAAGCCAUGGUAUUUCUGGAGGAAACAAGGUUCUAAGCGCUUUAUAGUAGAUGGUAAAGCUGUUGAUAUCUUCUGGGACCUUAAGGCUGCAAAAUUCAAUGGUGAAACGGAGCCAAACUCAGAAUACUAUGUUGCAGUUGUUUGUGAUGAAGAGGUUGUGCUUCUCAUUGGGGAUCUAAAGAAAGAUGCAUAUAAGAAGACUGGCUGUAGGCCAGCUCUUAUUGAUCCCAUAUUGGUUUCAAAGAAGGAACACAUAUUUGGUAAGAAAAAGUAUUCUACAAGGGUCAAAUUCCAUGAGAAAGGUAGAUUUCAUGAAAUCUCAAUUGAGCGCAAGAAUAGAAGUAGUGGUGGUGGGAACAUAAGCAAUGGAAAUUCUUCAAUUGGGGUUGAGCCAGAGAUGGAGAUUAAGAUUGAUGGGCUCUUGGUCAUUCAUGUCAAGCAUCUUCAGUGGAAGUUUAGAGGUAAUGAGUCUAUAUAUGUCAACAAAAUGAGAGUAGAGGUAUAUUGGGAUGUCCAUGACUGGCUCUUUAGUCCAGGUUUAAGGCAUGCCUUAUUUAUUUUUAAACCAAUUCUGUCAUCCAUAUCUCUAUCAUCCUUAUCAUCUUCAUCAUCACCACCUUUAUUUUCCUUGACAUCUACACCAUUAUCAUCUCAGACAGAGAGCUCUGGGUCCUUAGAGGGGCUGAAUGCUAGUGGGUCUUCUGACUUUUGCUUGUUCCUUUAUGCUUGGAAGCUAGAAUGA